CGAAGUUAUUGAAGGCAAAGCCGCGAGAGAGAGAGCUCGGAGGGUGGCAGAAGAAGCGAGCAAGGGGGAGGGAGGGAGAGAGAGAGGAGGGGGAGAAGUGAGCGGGGGAGGGAAGAGAUGACGCUAGGGUUGAUCAAUGCGAACCCGGUGGUCCACGCGAAGAAGGAGAGGGUUGCUCGCGCCGAGGAUUCCCACGCCGACAACGCCGUCGAUCCCCUGGACGUCUUUGAUUCUGUGAGGGAUAUCAGGGAUCCCGAGCACCCUUACUCCUUGGAGCAACUCAGUGUUCUCUCAGAGGAGUCCAUCACUGUCGAUGAGAAGCUCGGCUGCAUUCAGAUUACCUUCACUCCAACUGUUCAAUACUGUAGUAUGGCUACAGUUAUAGGGUUAUGCUUGAGGGUUAAGCUGAUGCAGUGCUUUCCCCCACAUUGCAAGGUUGACAUAAAUGUAACUCCAGGGUCUCAUGCAGAUGAAGAAUCAGGUGAGGACAGAACAUGCCCAACAAGUGAAACCAUCUUGGUAGAUUCCUUAGGCGCAUACAGGGCUAGUAGCACUGGUUAACAAACAAUUAAAUGACAAGGAAAGAGUUGCUGCAGCACUUGAAAAUCCCAACCUUCGCCAACUUGUGGAUGAGUGUCUCUAUUCCAGUGAACUCUACUCGCUGUAACUUGUUUCCAAAGAACUCUGCUUGUGUAGCAGCAAUUCAUGCAUUGUGAAAUCGAUGUGAUGGUUGGUACAUUAUAAAGCUGUAUUUGAUCAUCGAACUAGCUUGAAUGUUAUUGUUGAUGCCUGUUUUCUUGAUCAGCUUACAGAAAUGUUCUGUGAA